ACAUUGCAGCACUGCACUCCAGCUUGGGUGACAGAGCAAGACUCCAUCUUAAAAAAAAAUUGUAACAGCCCUUGCCCUCAGGCACCCUACAGUUGAAUAGAGAAUAAUUAUGUUUAAGGAAGUGACACCUGUUAUUUAUCCUUGCUUGCCUAAGACCUUGAAGCAAAGUACUAAGUAGACCAAGAUCAUGAGUUAUUUCUGGAAGAACAGCUCCCUAUUAAAGAUUUGGUCCUAACCCCAACCUAUUAGGUGGAAAACGUGUGUCAUGUGCAAGUGGGUUAGCUGUCUCAGUGCAAAUUCAUCCACAACAGUCACUUGAGAAGAAAUCCAGAGAGAAACGCCUUAGUAGUGCCAUAGUAGUUUCAUUUUGAGAAUCUUUAUUACAUAUAACACUGCAACUUUCAAAAAAUAUUUCUCUUAAUUUAUAUAAUUGUAAUAUUAGUAGAAAUAACAAUUAUUUUAAAAUUUGAUUUAGUAACUCCAUAUCCUAGGCAAAGAGCUUCCCAGGGAGAGUGGUUAUGUGUGUGUAUAUAUUUUAAUAAUUUGUUUUGCAAUUAUCUCAAAUGUAUAGAAAAGUUGCCCAAACAGUGCAAGGAAGUCCCAUGUCCCCUUCACCCAGACUCCCAAAUAGUUAACACUUUAUUGCACUUGUUUCAUUGCUCACUGUGUAUUUGUGCAUGUGUGUGUAUACAUGUGUAUGUAUCCCUUGUUAGUCUUUUUCUGGACAUUUUGAGAGUCAAGAGAGCAUAUUGAAGAGAUAGUGUCUCAUCACUCCUAAACACACCAGUGUGUAUUUCCCCCUAAACAGGGACGCUUUCCUACCUAAAAACAAACUUCCUCAUCAGAAAAUCAGUAUUGGUACAACACUAACAUCCAAUUCAGAUGAGAUCAGGCACAUUCAGAGUGGUAUGCGAUUCACAGAGCUAAUUAACAUUUUACCCACUGUCCUAACAAUGUUGUUUUCCUUUCUGGUCCAAAAUGCUAUACAGAGAUACAUAUUGCAUUUAGUUGUCAUAUAGCCUCAGUCAGAGACAGUUCCCAGUCUUUCCUGUCUUUGGAUGGUCCACAACCUGAGUUCUUUUGAUGGUAGGAAAACCAAAAAGGAUGCUUUGUUUUUUUUAGUGUGUUUCACCAGGAGACUCACAAUGUAGACUCCUACCAACACUGGUGAUAUUAACCAUGAUCACCUGAUCAUGUUGGUUGCCACUGUUCUCUCCUCUGUAAUUGAGUAGUAUUCCUUGGGAGAAGCAUUCCAAAAUCACACCAAUAUUCCAUGCCUCAUAGAACAUCUACCCACCAGCCUUAUCGUUCAUUGAAGACUCCUGCCUGAAUCAUCCUCCUCAGUAGUUGUCAAAUGGUAGUUCUGUAUUUCCAUCCUUCUCUCUACACUUCUGGGUUGGCAUCCUGCUGUAGAAAGAGUUUUCCUUUUUCUCUGUAUCAACACGGACUUGCAUAUCCCUAUUUUAUUCAAAGGAUUGUAAUCCAUUAUUGUCGUCGUUUACUUUUAUGCUCAACUUGUCCCUCAUUUGGCCCAUGAGAGUCCCUUCAAGUUGGUUUUUAACCCUGAAACAUUUUAAAAUAUAUAUAUUGCCAAAAUUCAUCUACGUUGUGUGUGUGGCUGCAGUUCAUUAACUUCGACUGCUUGUAAUAUGCCAUUUUGUGACUAUACCACAGUUUGUUGGUCCACUCUUCCACUAUUCCGUCGACGGGCACUUGGGCUGUUUCCAGGUUAUUGCUACUGUGUUUUGCUAUUCUAGCUCUUUAAUGUUAAAUUUUGAAUGCAUUAAAAUUUCCAUUAACAUCAUAAACUUCAGGUCUGUUUAUUGUACAAAUAUUGAGAACCUGGAAGGAAGGUCAUUCUGUACUCUCAUCAACAGUGCAUACAGGCUCAUUUGAGAAAUAUUGUCUUAUUGCAUAUUUCAUGGAGAAAUACUUAAAUGAUGUUUUUAAAUCCAUUUAACAAAGGCCUUUUUCUUUAAAUAAGCUUCCUUUUGUUGUUUUCCCUCUUAUUAUGGAGAAAUAUUGAAAUAAAACAGUCGAGAAAGCGAAAUGUAAAGGUGGAAACUUCUGCCCUUAACCCAGACUUGCCAAGUUAAAGCAAACGCUGAAACAGCAGGGACUCGAAGUGAGGAGGCUGCAGCCUAUGCCACGGCGCAGGCGCAAAAGCUCAGUGUGACGCACCGUGCUCCGGGCCCCAGAAAGUUAUCGCGAGUCUUGGAAUAAGCUUGCUCCGAUUGCCAAAAAGACCAAAGAAAACCGGAGGAACUUUACCCAGUUGGUGAUAUGGAGCAAGUGCCAUCAACAGGCAGACUCGUGCAGAUCACUGUGACAGAGGGAUAUGAUUUGAAAGGUUUUAAAGGAGAUACUCCAGUUACCUUUAUUCGUGCAGAAUUCAAUCAAGUGGUUCUGGGAGACUCUGCAAAAAUUACUGUUUCUCCAGAAGGAACUGCAAAAUACAACUUCACUAGCAGUUUUGAGUUUAAUCUUGAAGGAGGAAUCACUUUAGAUGACCUCGCUCACAAACCUGUGUUCUUAACUGUGACUGAAGUUUUACCAAAGGAAAAGAAACAGAAAGAAGAAAAGACCUUAAUUCUUGGUCAAGCUGUGGUGGAUCUUCUUCCCUUACUGGAAGGACAGAGUUCAUUCCAAACAGCAGUUCCAUUGCACCCGGUGCAGGGCUCACCCUUAGAGACUCCUAGUUCAAGUGUUAAGCAGUGCAGUCUUGAAGUUAAAGUAUUAGUGGCAGAACCUUUACUGACUACAGCCCAGAUCUCAGGGGGCAAUCUACUGAAGGUCACAUUGGAGGCUGCUUACUCUGUGCCUGAAUCCUUCAUUCCAACAGGUCCUGGGCAGAACUACAUGGCCGGUCUGCAAGUGCCAUCAGUUGGAGAGAAAGACUAUCCCAUUUUAUUUAAGAAUGGAACUCUGAAGCUUGGAGGGGAAAGAGAACCUGUUCCCCGGCCCAAAAAGUGGCCAAUUGCCAACAUUCUGGCUCCAGGAGCUAAUAACAUUCCUGAUGCAUUCAUCGUUGGUGGUCCCUAUGAAGAAGAAGAUGGAGAACUCAACCAUCCUGAGGACAGAGAAUUUAGGAAUCAAGCAGAGUGCAUAAAGAAAAGGAUUAUUUGGGACUUGGAAAGUCGCUGCUACCUUGAUCCUCCUGCAGUGGUCAGUUUUCAGAAGCGAAUUGCCGAUUGCCGGCUUUGGCCUGUAGAGAUCACAAGAGUUCCUCUGAUUGCUGUAUCCAAAGGGAAAGCUGGCAAAACUGAAAAGGCUGAUGAAGAAGGUCAGCUUUCGUUUCAUGGUGUGGCUUAUGUUAAUAUGGUCCCAUUGUUGUAUCCAGGUGUGAAGAAAAUUCGGGGAGCUUUUCAGGUUUACCCUUACCUAGACAGUGUAGUCCAUGAAAAGACCAAGUGUUUAUUCAGCUUGUUCCGGGAUAUUGGCCAUCAUUUGAUUCAUAAUAAUAAAAUAGGAGGAAUUAAUUCUGUACUGCCCAAAGCAGCUGUUUCUAAGACUCUGAAAGAAGAUAAACCAGUGAAAGAAAAAGAUAUAGAUGGAAGGCCUAGGCCUGGAGAUAUGCAGGCACCUAGUAUAAAAUCUCAGAGCUCAGAUACUCCUUUGGAAGGUGAACCCCCUCUAAGUCACAAUCCUGAAGGACAGCAAUACAUAGAAGCAAGGACAUACAUUGUGUUAGAAAUUCAGCUGGACAAAGCCUUGGUUCCAAAGCGAAUGCCAGAGGAGCUAGCCAGAAGGGUUAAAGAAAUGAUUCCUCCAAGGCCUCCUCUUAUCCGUCGGACAGGAGGAGCUCAGAAGGCAGUGAGUGACUACCACAUACAGAUCAAGAAUAUUUCUAGAGCCAUUCUAGAUGAAUACUACAGAAUGUUUGGAAAACAGGUAGCCACACUGGAGAGUGAUAUGGAUAGUGAAACCUUGGAGGAGCAGAAGUGCCAGCUGAGCUAUGAACUUAAUUGCUCUGGAAAAUACUUUGCUUUCAAAGAACAACUCAAGCAUGCUGUGGUAAAGAUUGUGAGAGAGAAAUACUUAAAGACAACAUCAUUUGAAAGCCAGGAGGAACUGCAGACAUUUAUCAGUGAGCUCUAUGUGUUCUUAGUAGAUCAGAUGCAUGUAGCCCUAAACCAGACCAUGCCAGAAGAUGCCCAAGGCACUGUUGCAACCAUUUAUACAAGCAGUGAACAGCUUCGACUCUUUGCAUUUGAAGCAGAAGUCAAUGAGAACUUUGAAAUGGCAGCAGCAUAUUAUAAAGAGAGAUUGGUUCGUGAGCCCCAGAAUCUGGAUCACUGGUUGGACUAUGGUGCCUUCUGCCUCUUAACUGAAGACAACAUCAAAGCACAAGAGUGUUUUCGGAAAGCCCUUUCCCUCAACCAGAGUCAUAUCCACAGCUUGUUGCUGUGUGGUGUCCUGGCUGUCCUACUGGAGAACUAUGAGCAAGCAGAAAUUUUCUUUGAGGAUGCUACUUGCUUGGAACCAACUAAUGUUGUAGCCUGGACUUUACUUGGUUUGUACUAUGAAAUUCAAAACAACGAUAUUCGAAUGGACAUGGCAUUUCAUGAGGCCUCCAAACAGCUUCAGGCACGAAUGAUUCAGGCACAAGUAACAAAGCAAAAGAGCAUUGGUACUGUAGAGGACAUUGAGGAAGGAGGGAAGAGAGAAUCCAGUUUAGGCUCUUGGGGAAUCACAAAUGGUUCUGCAACAGCAAUCAAGAUGGAAGCCCCAGCAGGACCAGUUGCUACAUUAUCUAUUCUAGACAAAUUUCUUGAAGAAUCCUCCAAACUGCAGUCUGAUUCACAAGAACCCAUUUUGUCUACACAAGCUUGGGAUCCAAGUAUACACCAAAAUUUAUCUAACACAUUUAUCAAGGAGGUACCAACAAAGAAAGAAGUAUCAAAAUGCGAAGAUUCAUCAGCUCUUCUGCAUCCUGGCUUUCAUUAUGGUGCUUCUCAAACUACCACCAUCUUCAUGGAGACCAUACGUUUCUUGAUGAAAGUCAAGGCUGUGCAGUUUGUGCACAGAGUGCUUGCACAUGAGCUGUUAUGCCCUCAAGGAGGUCCCAGCUGUGAGUAUUACUUGGUGCUGGCCCAGACACACAUUCUUAAGAAGGACUUUGCCAAGGCAGAGGAAUACCUCCAACAAGCGGCCCAGAUGGACUACCUGAGCCCCAAUGUCUGGGGCCUGAAGGGCCAUCUCAAUUUUCUGAGUGGAAAUCAUGCCGAGGCCAAGGCAUGCUAUGAACGAACCAUUAGCUUUGUAGUGGAUGCUUCUGAGAUGCACUUCAUCUUCCUGCGACUGGGACUCAUCUAUCUGGAAGAGAAAGAGUAUGAAAAGGCAAAGAAAACCUACAUGCAAGCCUGUAAGAGAUCACCUUCAUGCCUUACCUGGCUAGGACUGGGAAUCGCCUGCUAUCGGCUGGACGAGCUCACAGAGGCUGAGGAUGCUCUCUCUGAAGCCAAUGCAUUGAACAACUACAAUGCUGAAGUAUGGGCAUAUCUGGCUCUGGUCUGCCUGAAAGUGAGUGUUUAUUAUCCUUACACAAUCCCCUUUUAGGGCACAGAGGUGAGG